AUGUCAGCAGUAGAUAUCGCUUCUAUCUUCCAGGCUUCCGAGACUGCUCCUACGUCUCAGACGAGUGACAACCACUCCGAUGUGGACGACAAGGAGAACCUACAACCAUCGGACCCGCCAGCCCCGUCAAACUCAGACUCAGGGUCGGUAAUAUCGAACUUUGAGCAGCCGCUUAACCCAAGUGCGAAAGACAGCAUCAUCAGCCUCCUGUGUGGCCGUAUUCAAAAUGCCAUCCCUAAGUCCGGCGGGCACAUUGGCGCAGCCGGGUCUCAUCCCGGGGUGCAAGUGGAAUUGGCGGCGAAGCUGAGGGACUUCGUCAAGUCCAUGCAAGCCAGGGCCCCCAAGUUGGACCGGCCUGAUCGGGAUGGUCUGAAGUUGAUGUAUUUCCUACACUCCGACAUCGCCCGUCGUCUUGACGAGCUCAUGUGGCCGAAACCUGAGCAUCGGCUGCCCACGAACCUUGGGAACGCAGAGCCGAUGGAUGGGCGAGCAAGGGUCGAGAUUUGGAAGUAUGAUCCACAACAAGACGACCCGUUGGGUCCGCCCGCCGACAACGGAGGUCCUACCGAUGGAGUGGAUGGAGCUGAGGACGGCGGGUUGGGCGACAUCUUUGUGAACCGCAUCAAUGCCCGAGAUGUCAUUGACCACCUUACAGCCGAUCCGGCGUUCGAUGUACUGGUAUCUGAGGUCCGCGACAUCUUAGAGCAAUACGCGAAAGACAAACUGGAAGUCAUCCGGACACGAAUCUCCGAUUCAUUUGCCUCGCGGCCCAGUCACGACGGCCCCCAAAGUCGACCUCACUGCGCUCGUUUCCAAGUCGGCUGGGACUUGGAAGGCUACCUGCGGGCGAACUACGACAACGGGGUCUCUCAAAACUUGAAUACCAUUGUUGCAACUGUCGGCGUGCUCCCGAAGGCCCAGCUCUGCACCAUAGGCGAGUACUUCAAGCAAGUCGCAGACUGGGAAACACACGAAACGGAGCUGCUGAACGCUCUACAACAAGCCAUUCAUAAGCGUAAGACUAGUGGACAUGAGCAACGAGACAUCGAUAUGACGACAGGUUCGUCUCUCCGCGCCCCCUCGCUGUGGCGGUUCGCUGAUAAUCCCGAAGCAGCAACCGACCAAGUCACCGAGCCAGUCACGGCCGCAGGUGAUAGCAUCUCAGUAAAUCUCGACUCCAAUACCAUCGACGUUGAGGGAUCUGAAAAGUUCAUUGUAGUUGUUGCACAGCAGCUCGGGUGGCUGGUUGCCCUUACCUACGAUAAUUGCGAGCUGGACGAGACCAAAUACGCCUACGUCCGAGUCAAGAAACUGCCGGAAAGUGAAACGUCAUACAACCCCGGGCCGCUCUUUGACGUGACCGUCAACUUGGAGAGGCCGCCCCAAGAGGACGAAAGCAGCGGUUGCUGGACGGCCAUCCUAGGCCAUUCGGUGCUCAUCACCGGCUAUCCGACCAAUGACCGCCAAGCGUCCAUGCUCGGCUUGGAAGCGAGCCCCCAGACAAUGGCAUCGCUCGCCAGGAUACCAGUUGCUGUCACCUUCGGCGGUGGCUUCGUUUUCAAGGUCAAGAAGCUUCUUUGGCUGGUGUGA